AUUUGUGAUGCUUUACACAAUUGGUGACUAUACAUGUAUCUCUUGGGAGUCAUUGGAUUUUACCACAGGCACACUAUGACUUUGUGAUAUGUUUUCCACAGUCACUUACACGUGAUUCGCGAUUAUUUACGCACACAUUAUAUCGCUUUUUGUGAAUAUAUAACUUGACCGCAAGGACAAAUUGUGAAAUUUUUGUAGCAUGUAUACUACAGUCACUUACAGGCGAUGUGCAACUAUCUAUGCACAUAUCACUUACUGUGAGUCUUCUGACUUGAUCACAGGCACACUCCGUAAAUGUCAUAAUAUGUUUACCACAGUCACUUACGUGUAUUGUGGAAUUAUUUACAACAUAUAUUAUAUCACUUUCUGUGAGUCUUUUGACUUUACCACAGGCAUACUUGUUUCCCCACAAUCACUUACAUGUGAUUUGUGAUUAUGUACUAUACGUUAUAUCACAUUCUGUGAGUCAUUUGACUUUACCACAGGCUCAUUUAAUGAAUUGUUGAUAUGUUUACCACAAUCACAUGUGAUUUGUGAUUAGGUACGCAUACGUUGUAUCACUUUCUGUGAGUCUUUUGACUUUACCACAGGCACACUUUUUGAAUUGGUGAUAUAAUUUUUAAAAAUUACUACUAUAUUAUUUACAAAUAGUUAUACAUAUAUCACUUUCUGUGAGUCUUUCGAAUCUUGACUUUACCACAGGCACAAUUUGUGAAUUUGUGAUAUAUUGUUACGAUCGCUAACAUGCGACUGAUGAAUAUUUGUACACAGAUUUUAUCACUUCCAGUGGUUCUCUUAAUAAUAUAUUUUAUAUAAUUGCGCAUAAUCCGGGAUAACUUAUAUAAUAUUCCAUUUUCUGUUAUGUAUUAAUUCCAGCACAGCCAUUAUUUAUGAAUUUAAGACAUUGUCAGUAAACAUUUGGAUGUGGUUUGUGCUUUUCCUUCUAAGAUAUAAAUAUUUAAUUAGGUCUAAAUGGGUAAUGUUAAUAUAAUUGGAAACCCAUGCUGGAAAAUUUUAGCGAAGGAAUUUAAAAUUUUCGUUGUCAAGUAGAUUGGCUUGGGACAUAACUUUAUAUAUUCUUAUAACUUUUGCUAAUGCUGUAUGUGUCAUUGUUUCAGCAUGCCUUCUAGAAAGAGAAGUGUUGCUAGCAGCAAUGAAGGGGCCAAGAGAAAAAGGGCAGUCUCCCACACAGCCACUACCACAUCAGCCACAAAUGAUGAAGCCAUUAUUGCUCUCAGUGAAAACACUAGAUAUAGAAACUCUAGGAGAACAACAGUUACAACACCCAAUGUACCAAUACCAGUUCCUGUCACAGAAAGUGUUUCAAGUGUUUCAAUACAAACUCAACAUAUCGUUGACACGUUAACAGAUAAACUUGAGGCUAUAGUCGAGAAUAAGAUACAACAAGUUUUGGGUCAAAGUGGACAAGCACGUCCACAACAGGUACAGGCCCCAGAAACAGUUCCCACGCAACAGUUACAACAACAACAACAACAGGCGGAAUCACUGGAUGACCGGACACAAAGUGUAUUUACUGAUACAGCGAUUCAGGGAGCUAGCGCCGUUCUGCAAACCAAAUCCAACUAUAGUAAGCCCACAUCUUCAACCGGAGAUAUUUUGCAAGGGAUUGAAACUUUAUUAAAUGCUUCACUAGCUCCAUCAACGCUAGAGACAUACAGAAGAGCAUGGAAAUUGUUUCAUGACUUUAGCCAAGCUUACUGUAACGGUUCAAUAUCUUUGCCUAUUUCAUCAUCAGUGAUAGCCUUAUUUGUGGCAUUUCUUCAUGAAAAAAGGGUAUGUCUUCCAAAUCCAUAACCACAUACCUGUCUGGUAUAAGCUAUGUCCACAAACUUUCAAAUGCACCUGACCCUACUACUCAUUUUCUCAUAUCAAGUCUGUUAAAAGGUGCUCAACGUCUGUCCUCGUCAUAUGACUUACGUUUGCCCAUCACAGUGAAACUAUUAGAUAAGUUAGUUUCUGCAUUAAAACAUGUAUGUCAAUCUCACUAUCAGGAAAAACUUUAUUCCGCCAUGUUUCUAUUUGCAUUUAAUGCAUUUUCUCGGUGCAGUGAGAUUACCAGCUGCAAACCUGCAACAAGGUCAUUUAUUUUGCAAACAACAGAUGUUGAAUUAAAUCAUGAAGCUUCAAAACCAGUAUCGGUCACUGUUACUUACCGCUUUUUCAAACACAAUAAUGGGAAACCACAUACACUUACUUUUUCGCACGGUUACACACAAGUAUCUCCUGUCCAUGCACUUAAUGACUACCUCUCAAUUCGAGGGGAAUCUGCUGGCCCUCUUUUCACACUACCUUCAGGCUCGCCAGUUCCACGAAAAAUGUUUGACAAACAACUAACUUCUACUCUGAAGUUUGUUGGGCUCGAUAGCAAGAGAUACAAGUCCCACAGCUUUAGGAUAGGUAAGGCGACUGAUUGUGCACAGAGGGGGUUCUCAGAUGCCAAAAUUAGAUUGCUAGGAAGAUGGAAUAGUAACGCUUUUCAAAAGUACAUUAGAAAUACAGAUUUUUAGUUGACUAGACUUAUUACGUCAAUGAUUCGACAUUUUCGGCCAUGUUGAGCGAUCAUGAUCAUUUACCACGAAAUUUGUACCUCUCUAAGACAUAGCCAAAUUUUACAAUAAACAUUUCUUUAACAGCCACAUGCUUGGGCUUAUGGCUGGUGCAUACUUACAAUAAUUUUAUUUAAUAACACAGGUAGAAAACACACAUACACACAAGACACAAUUUAUCACUGCUGGCUUGAGCCAUAGGAGUACCAGGUAUUUUAACAACCAGAUUUGCCAGUAACGUGUAUAUAUUUAUGUAUAUUUUAGGAUUGUAUAGAAUCGUCAUCUUUGUUUUUAUACUUCUUUUUGCAAUUUACAUUUAAAGGACUUAGAGGUACACUUUACUUGCUUGGGCUAGUAAAGUGUGAUUUGUCCCUUUGUUUGCAGUUUUUUAGAUAAUUUCUUACCUACUUGCUUGGGCUGGUAGUCACCUUGUCAUUAUUAUACAACAAAAUGUUGGGUCUGAAAUUCUUUAUUAUCAACUAGCACAAUGAAGUUACAUUUUGUCGUCAGACAUUGUUAAUCUCUUAUCAUCUGCUAGUCACAAGUUGUCAACAUUACUUCUGUUAGUAACUUUAUAGAUAAUGCUAACAUUUCAUUAGCAUCUUUAAUGCAAAUACUAUGUUUCUUUUAAAAUUCAUUUUAUUUCAUAUGUACAAGACAUUGCAAAUGCUUGAUAUUUUUACAGUCUGACUACAAGCAUUGAUACUAAAUUACUAUCGUAAUUAAAAUGGUAACUAUGCAGACUUCCUGAAAUAAGUUACGUUGUAAUAUCAACUGAAUAUCAAGUUUAAUAAAGGAUUUUUGUCUAUUGUCUAGAAGAGAAACGUAUCAGCUCUUGCUUGGGCUAUAGCUGAAUUUAUACAUACACUUGCAGACCUCUGGGCGAUGAGGUCAUACAUGAACCAUUUGAUUUUCUUGGUAUGUUUUGUAUAUAUAUUUGUUUUUGUUUUUUUUUUGUUGUUUCUUUUUUGAUCAUCCACAUUGCAUAUAAUUGCAUGCAUGUGUCUGUAUAUUCAUGACUUUUAUUAGAUACAAUAACUUAUCAUUUACUUGCUUGGGCUGGUAAUUAGAUAAGCCACGAAGACAAACGUUUACAUGUAUAUUGCUUACAAGUAACUUUCUUUAAAGGUAAUAUCUUCUCCAUGGCAGACGAUUAUUUAGUAAGUUUAGUUCAGAAGUAUUAUUAUCCAUCUGUUUAAUAGGAAAACCAGGUUUACGUGCAAUAAGUUAUCGGUUUAAUGUGCUUUAUUUGCUAGUCACUUUGUUACAUAUAAUUACCGUUUUAUAACAGACUUAUAUUGCCUUUAGUAUAUAUUAUACAUGCAUAUAUAUUUUACCUUGUGUACUUAGUCACAUUAUCUCAGUGAUAUAUGACCAUUUCGUGUUGAUUCGCUGUAAAACCCUACUCACUAGUCAAAUUGUUAUGUCAUAGCUGAUUGUUAAAGAUAUUAUAUACUAGGGUCUUUGAUAUCGUUUUCUUUUAAGAAAUAUGUAAAGCGUUUGUUACGCAAUGGUAUUUAAAUACUUAUUUAAUGUAUAUUUUACACAUAUUUGUCUCAAUGGGUGCCUCUCUCACUUUCUCCCUUUUUCUGGAAUUCCCUAGAAAAUGUGGGGGAAGAUAGUCUCUUUCAGUUCCUAUCUUUUUGGCCAUUUCUAAAGAAACCUCCACAUUUUAUUUAUUUUAUUUACUUUAUUUACUUUUAUAAAUUUAUUUUCCUUGGUAAAAAAUUUCAGAAACCUGUUUUUUCAUACAAUAAACAUGUUAUAUGUUUUUCUCCGUAAAAAUAAACAAGGUCAUUUCAUGACCAUUAAACCACA